GUGCCACGUCAGCAGGUGCCAUGUCAGUCAGUGCCACGACAACAAGGGCCAUGUCAGCAGCCUGAAUGCUCAGGCGCAGCGCACGAAUUGCCACUCAUCAACAUGCUGCAGUUCCCGCACCUGUCGAGCCCCAACCGGCCCUCCGGAUUCCGCAGCCGACACAGGUUACAGUUGUGACCAUCCCAACGGUCGUCGGAGGUGCAGUAGUCACACAGGUUGGUAGUUCCAGUGGGGAACCGGGACCUAUCGGUCCCGCACUCCAAGGCAUGUCUGGCCAACAGCCAGGCGAAUCCAUCUCGGACUUUGCCGCCCGCGUCCUCGCCUUCAGCAAAUUGGUGGCUGAAGAGGAGCAGCGGCAGGCUGAGGAUGUAGCCGAACUACUACGGCAACAGCAAGAAGCUGCCGAAGCUCAAUGUCGGCACCAGGAUGAAGCAGCUAAUGUCGUCCAGCGCCUCCAACAAGACGCUUCGGCAAGCCGGCAACAUCACAAGUUGGAGUACGCAGCCACACUGUGCAGCUGGCAACAGCAAGAGUUGCAGCGGCUCGAGCGCGUCAUAAAUGAAACUCGAGACACGCAAAGUCAUACAAAUCGCAGUUUCAAUGCGCGCCUUGAUCACUUGGAACAGGAAGACGCCACUUCAGCAAGCGCCCGCCCAAGUACCAGCCAACCAUCAACGCGAGAGCUGGAGGAACGGAUCGACCAUGUGGUCGCCACAAUCGACGACCUUGGCACGCUCGCGAGACCAGCAACGAUCAGCCAACAGCUCAUGGUGCUGAAGACCGUCGUCCCCAUGUUGCAGCAGCAACCAGCAGGCAACUCCACCCCGCGUCUGUACAAGAUGUCGAACUUCCGGAUCGAAAAGUUGGACGACUACAAGAAGACCAAUCCGCUCAUUUGGUGGCAAGGAUUUAUCACGGAAGUCGGACUCCGUGAAGUGCCCGACUACUUUCGGAUUGCAGCACUCUACCUCAAUACCACCAGUGUUUGCCAAGUCUGGCUCAACCACCUGGCGGUCAAGGCGGGAGUCAACGUCGAUCGCUUGCACACCAAGCUCGAAUGGGAGACCGUUGAGGCCUUGUGGAAGGACCGGUUCAUCGUACAACACACGAAGCCGAAGGCUGCAAACCAAGUGUUCCAAAUGUACCAAGGGAGUCAGCCUAUGCAUGAUUAACUGACCGAAUGGCAAAAGAUCGUUGCCGUUUCGGACUUGAACCUGCCAUUCGAGCACAUUCGACGCAAGUUCUUUCAACGGUCAACCGACUACUUGACGCAGGCACUCGGACAAGAGGAGUGGUACGCUGACUUUGACUCCAUUGUCAAGCGUGCAUGUGCCAUCAUCCAAACCAACCGGCGGGCCACCAACGAACGGCAAGGCCAACCGAACUUUGUGGACAAAGGCAAGGGACAGCAGACACAGCCUGUCGCUGCAGUCCAAUCAAGUGGACAAGUAGAAGACCAGGCAUCGACUCCUGCGUCAAGUGAAGGAGACCAAAUCAAUGCCCUUCCGCCAC